AAAGUAAAAAGUUGGAACGAAAGCAAGAUAGGCCUACGAGUCGAAUAAAAACAAUAACAAAGUGAAAACAGCAGUAACACUGUGUAAACUGUAGCCUCUAGAAGCCAGAGGGUCUCAGCAUUUUUAUACCAGCUUUGGAACUUAAAAAAAAAGAGAAAGUGAGCUCAGCUUGAUCUGACAUUGUGUCCUUGGGAAAGGCACUUUUUAAGGAAUUUCCCAUUUGGUGAGCUACAGCCUGUCCCACUUUCUUCUUAUUGGCAGGAUAAGAUAUAUCGAGAUGGCGGAGCAGUGUGGAUCACAGGACUCUGAUUGUGGAAGUUUUGAGAAAGGAGACACAGAGGACCACACCUUGGAAAGGCUUAGAUUGGCUGCUGAAGCUCGUCUGACUCAGGGAGUCUAUGAGGUGGAAGUCUCCUACGGCGGUGAAGCAGAUCUUCACAGAGAAAAAGGAAGAUGUGGGAAAAAUCCUGGUCACAAAAACUUUAUCCCAUCACCGCAGUUCUCAUUGACACACCUUCCAGCCGGCUUUCAGGACAAGCAACUGUUGGAGACAAUCGGUCUAUGUGCUCAACUGACGGUUCGUCUAGUUGUGAACUAUACCAGUAUGUCCCGUCCAGAGUUUCUUCCCAACUCUAAGAGUGCUUAUCCCUUUUCCAGAUUCCGUGGCAAGACAGUUCCGUAUCGUUUUGGCAGUGGGUGGCUGUUUGAUGCUUUUCCCCGAGGUGUGCUGGGUGAGGGGAAAGGAGGGGAGUGUCCGUGUUCUGAGUGCGGACAGUCGGGAAAGCCUUCCUCAGCCUGGUACGAGCUAAUGUUUCUCACAGCGUUACACGUGGUCUUUGACUCUGAAGAAAGCAAGGCCACUGAUGUAGAACUUUUCUACGAUAGUGAUGUGGACAGAGAUUCCACAGUGCUGAAACUGGCAGGUGGUUGCGUUGAAAUGGCGGACAUCGAGACUGAUGGGUGUUUGCUUGUGUGUUGGACUCAUGAUCUUGAUCUUGGCGACAAACUACAAGCUCUCAGCCGCCAGCGGUGGGAUUUGAUGCGAGAGAUCAACAUGCGGUACACCCGCGAAGAAAGGGGUGGACUGGUGGUGGUUGUGUCUCACCCUCACGGGUGUAGCAAACAGGUGACGGUUGGGUGGGCAGUGGACAGAAGUGACUGGACGGGCCUGGAAGUGUAUCGCUACAGUGCAGACACGUGUCCAGGCAGUAGCGGGGCAGGCAUGUGGCCGGUGGGCUGGGCGGACCCCGACUUCAGCAUUCUUCCUCACAGUAAAGGAGUGUCCAAGGGGGUGAAUGAGUGCAGUCCUGGUGUUGUUGUUGUGGACUGAGCGUUCUUCCUCACAGUAAAGGAGUGUCCUAGGGGGUGAAUGAGUGCAGUCCUGGUGUUGUUGUUGUGGACUGAGUGUGCUGGGGUGUGGAAAAAUGCCUACGAGGAUGAUGCCUUAGGGAUGACCUUCAUAGAGAACGAGACAGUGACAGCCUUUAUGGUGCCAGAAGGUAAGGGUGUGGAGCAGACAGCUUUGCGAAGUUGAAGGGCCUGAAGUGCUUCUGCAAGCUCAAUGAUGGCCUGCCUUGCAACAGCCAGUUCGAAUCAACUGCUUUUGACGACCUGCGUUUGUCUUUUGCUGGUAUGACACGAGAGGAGCAUAAUAUUUUUUUGACGCGUUUUUACGUAAUUCAGUGAUUUUCUGUUGUAACAUAAAAACAGUCAUAACUUCACAUAGAAGAGAGGUAUUUCACUAAAAUAAAAAGCAAACUGUCCACAAAUGGCACCUCUAUGCUGUGGUAUCAGCAUUAUUUGCUUCUAUGCAUUGUCAUCAUGGAAAAUGUGUUCCCAAAGUAAGCAAAACUUUAAAACCUGUUUU